AUGUCGAGUUUUCAGCCCCCAGAAAUCUGUCGCCACGGGUUGACUGAGGUGUACCAACCUCAGGGGGGUGCCGAAACCGUUCAAGCUGUCGCACACGUCGUUUUUGUUCAUGGUCUAUUUGGACAUCCUCGAAAGACUUGGACUGCAAGCUUAGAGCGCUCUGCCACUCUGCGACUAUUUCUGAUAGUGCUAUCACUACGAGGCUCUGGGAAUUCGACCUCUAAAAGCACCCCACAAGGGAGGGACGGCGGUUCAGAUCAGGAUAGAGGCGGUGAUAACAAGGUCUUUUGGCCUGCGGCUCUACUCCCUCAAGUCAUACCUGAUAGUCGAAUACAUACCUGGGGCUAUGACGCCGAUGUUGAUAGGCUCCGAUCGCCUGUUUCAUUGAAUACUGUCCCCCAGUACGCUGCGAAUGUGCUAUCAGAUAUUGCCGAUCUUAUUGAAAUAGAUGGCAAUAAUCUGCCCUUGAUUUUUGUUGCUCAUGGUCUAGGCGGCAUAGUGGUGAAAGCUGCCAUUAAUCAAUCAUUUGAAACGAGAGGCACACGUCUUAGCAUAGUUGCACCUGCUGUUCGAGGCGUAGUCUUUCUUGGAACCCCCCAUCGCGGGUCCGACUCAGUCUCCAUUCCAGAGAUUGCCUACAAUAUAACGAGAGGCGUUGGGCGAAAUCCAAACGGAAAGCUCUUGCAGGCCCUAGAAAAGAAUUCAGAGAUCCUCGAUCGUACCCAUAAGAGUUUCCUCCAAAAAAUUUCAGGAUGCCCGAAGCUUCUGGUUGCAGCUUUUCGAGAGGAAAUGGAAACGAGGAAGUUAUUUUUCUUCAGCACCUUCGUUGUCAAACCCGACUCCGCAACUCUGGGUAUUGCAAAUGAAGAGGAGAGUAGCAUUCCGACAAAUCAUAGCGAUAUGACAAAAUUUGGGUCGUCGUCAGAUGUUGGCUUUAAACGUGUUUCUGCCCAAUGA